AAACAAUCUUUUUUUAUUGCACAAAGCUAUAAUGCAACAUGGACAACGUGAGCAAACAAAACUUUACAUAUUAACAAGAAACAAUUCUUCAUUUACAUUUGUAUGAUUUUACGCAUUCAUAGCCAUUGUAAUAUUUUGAUUAAUAAUCAUAGAAUUAAUCCAGGACGGUCAGCAGAGUGACAACCACACUGGUUUCCUGUUCACGUGACCCUCUCAGAUCUGCGGCCGUGACAUCUGCAAAAUGGAGGACCGUGAAGCUAAAGAACCCGAGCAACUCAGAAAGCUUUUUAUUGGAGGUCUGAGCUUUGAAACAACUGAGGAGAGUUUACGGGCCCAUUUCGAACAAUGGGGAACUCUCACGGACUGUGUGGUGAUGAGGGACCCCAACAACAAGAGAUCAAGAGGGUUUGGCUUUGUGACAUACGCCGCUGUAGAGGAAGUCGAUGAAGCCAUGAAAGCAAGGCCUCAUAAGGUCGAUGGCCGAGUUGUUGAACCCAAGAGGGCAGUGUCCAGAGAGGACUCCAAUAAACCAGGCGCUCAUCUGACAGUGAAGAAAAUCUUUGUUGGUGGUAUUAAGGAGGACACUGAGGAGUACCACAUUCGGGAGCAUUUUGAGAAAUAUGGAAAGAUUGAGUGCAUUGACAUCAUGGAGGAACGAUCCACUGGGAAGAAGAGAGGAUUCUGCUUUGUCUCCUUUGAUGAUCAUGACACUGUAGACAAAAUUGUUGCCCAGAAAUUCCACACAAUCAACUUCCACAAUUGUGAGGUCAGAAAAGCUCUCUCAAAACAGGAAAUGAGUGCUAUAUCCACUACCAGGGGCAGGAGUGGAGGAUCUGGAAACUUUAUGGGGAGAGGAAGUAAUUUUGGAGGUGGUGGCAACUUUGGUCGAGGUGGCUAUGGUGGAGGACGAGGUGGUUAUGGCGAUGAUUUUGACAAUGGUCCAGGAGGAAAUUAUGGUGGAGGACCAGGUUAUGGGGGGGGUCGAGGGGGCUAUGGAGGUGGUGGUGGUGGUGGUCCAGGGUAUGGCAACCAGGGUGGUGGAUUUGGUGGCAGCUGCGAUGGCGGUUACGGAGGCAAUGAUGGAGGAUAUGGAGGAGGUGGAAAUUACAACGACUUUGGAAAUUAUGGUGGACAGCAGUCCAACUAUGGGCCAAUGAAGGGAAACAACUUUGGGGGCAGAAACUCAGGUGGACCCUAUGGCGGUGGCUACAGCUCUGGUGGUGGUGGCAGAGGUGGCUAUGGCUCACGACGAUAUUAAUUAUUUCGUGUUUUGGCUUCAGUUCUUAGCAGGAGAGGCGAGGAGGUGAGCAAAGGAAUUGUCAGGAAAGCUGCAGGUUACUUUGAGGCAGUCAUCUGAAAGCAUUAGAGGAACACAAAAGUCAGACAUUACUGCAGCUAAAUUGGAGAAGUUUAUCGAAAAAGGACUGUAUACACAAAACCUGAGUGCAGAUGAUACUCUUCCCUAAUUGUGAUAGAUGUGUCCCAACCAAGCUACUUUCCUUUUGUGUGUGUAUUAUGGUAUCAGGGGUAAAGAGUAUUUUUUUGUUUGUUUAUCUGAAGUCAGUUCUUAAUAUCUUUUUUUAUUUUUUAUGAGUUAGUUUUCUGCUGGCCAAUUUAAUCUUUUGUCUUUUAACCUGGUUUUUGUCGUAUAGCAUAGUUCUAUUAGGCCCUCAGAUGAUCUAGAAUUACUAAUUCUUUUCUUUCUGAAGUUAUGAUUGCUCAAUUGCAAGUGUCAAGUGUAUUUUGAAUUUGUAUGUGAAGCACAGUAUGUAAAUCCUUCGUAGUACCAGUGUCAACAAAUAUAUGCGGUCUGGAUUAGAAUUAAGGGAAUUCCUCACUCACUUCUAGAUUGUUCGCAUAUUUUGAUUAGAAGAAAAAGACCGAAUAAAAUUGUGUAGUAAA